AAUAUGAUUCGCAGAGAGAACUCUAUUUGUCAAGGAAUCCCGAAACAACCAAUCAGAAGCCUGCGUUUGUCUACCUAAACAACCAAUCAGAUGACUGCGCUUGUCUAUAAUAAUGUAGUUGAAAGAUGUAUAAAUACGUGUUGAUUUUCGUAAUAAAACGAUCUGUUGCCUGGCCCUUGUCUUCUGUUGUUACAUUUGGUGUCGCUGCCUACCGACAAAUGAAAAGCCUAUACCCUGCAGUUUUUGAUGGAGACAUAUGGAUCUUCGGGCAGGACUUCAAGGCUUCUGCGCAGUUGAGUGGCGUUCAAGAUCUGUCAGCGAUGGAGCUGCUACUUGAGACGCUGCUGGGAGGUCGGGCGAAAGCAGCAUAUGAAGGUGUGGGCCGAAGUAUGGACGAAUGUUCGACAGGGUCAGGCAAACAGUUUCCAAAGUGGGAAGGACCAUAUAUGGUCACUUCGAGAUGGGGUUACGCAGACACAGUCGCAAUGGCGAACAAUGAGAGGCGCGUGAACGUCAGCGAGCUCCAGAAAUGGAUACAGCGAGACAAGCCAACGAUGACGCCUGCACCAAGUAGAUCAAGCCGACUUCAGUCGCACGUAUUUGACGGGGGGACGAGUGUGGUGAGAGCAGGCUGCUAGCCGAUUGGUUGGCACUAAUCUACGUUAAGGUCUAGGUCACUAAUAUGGGCCGUGAGAAAAUAUGAACAAGCCUGAGUCAACAACCAAUCACAGCAAAGUUAACGUGGCAGAAUAUGAUUCGCAGAGAGAACUCUAUUUGUCAAGGAAUCCCGAAACAACCAAUCAGAAGCCUGCGUUUGUCUACCUAAACAACCAAUCAGAUGACUGCGCUUGUCUAUAAUAAUGUAGUUGAAAGAUGUAUAAAUACGUGUUGAUUUU